AUGGGUUUUGUUGAUUUCUUCGAAACCUAUAUGAUUGGCUCUAGGGUCCAAGUUAAACAAUUGGACAUUUCAGACUGGCUGAGCCUUAGCCCACGACUUCUUAUUCUUUUUGGGUACUUUUAUAUCCACACGCUUUUAACCGCAUUCAAUGAGUGUCUUCGAUUUGUUAACAGAAAUGCAUUUUGCCUUAGAUUACGCUUAUUAUAUGACAGAUUUUGGUCACAUUUCCCCAUAAUUGGAGAGUACAAGAUUCGACUACUUUCAAGGAUACUCAGAUACACUGAGCAGAGAAUGAUACCUAACCUAGAUAAAAUAUUGGAAAUGAUUGAAAUUUGGUUUCAAUUACACUUAGUAGAAAUGUCAUUUGAGAAAAAAAAAAACGUCCAGAUUUUUAUUAGUGGUGGAAGUGACGAAUUGAAUUUCUUUAAGGACAAUAAAUUUCAAACAACCUUAAUGAUAUGCAAUCAUCGGUCAGUUAAUGACUACACCUUGCUAAACUAUUUGUUUUUCAAAAGCUGUCCUACUAAGUAUUAUAGUAUGUGGGAGUUUAUACAAAAAUUACGGAAGGGAGACGAUUUACCUGAAUGGCCCCAGUUAAAGUUUCUUGGCUGGGGUAAAAUGUUCAACUUUCCUCAAUUAGAUUUAUUGAAGAACAUAUUCUUCAAGGAUGAAACCCUUAAUUUGCCGCCAGAUAAAUUAAGAAACAUAUUAGAAACACAAAACAAUCAGGCAAUCGCUAUCUUCCCGGAAGUUAAUAUCAUGAGUUUAGAGCUUUCAAUUAUUCAGAGAAAACUACAUCAAGAUUUCCCCUUUGUUACAAAUUUUUACAAUUUACUAUACCCAAGAUUUAAAAAUUUUACCAGUUUAAUGAGUGCAUUUUCGUCAAUUAAAAACAUCAAAAGAAAAAAAAACCAUAGUAAUAUUAUCAAAGAGGCAAGGCUUUUGUUUCAUAGAGAAAUUGAUAAAUUGGUCCAUAAAAGUAUAACAAUGGAACCUUCAAAAAUGUCUAAUAAAAUAAUGCCGCCCAUGAUCGUUGACAACUCUUAUUUAUUCGAGAAAAAGGAGGAGGCAAGCCAAGGGAAACCUAAGCCGGUACUGAUCAAUCCAUACAUUUAUGAUUUCACCAUAGUUUAUUAUAGAGUCAAGUACACUGACAGUGGACAUGAUCAUAUUAAUGGAGAUUUGAAAAUUCAUAAAGGUUACCAAUUAGAGCAAAUCUCCCCGACAAUUUUCGAGAUGAUUCGACCAGAAAUGGAGUCCGAAGACAAUUCGAAGGAGAAAGACCCUAUUGUAGUAAUGGUACAUAUAAAAAAGCACCAAAUUCAACAACUACUCGCAUACAACGAUGUGAGCUUGGAGAGAUGGCUUGAAAACAGAUGGGUAGAGAAAGAUAGGUUAAUUGACUCCUUAGAAAAGAAAAUUAAAAUUGAGACCGAAUAA